CGACAUUCUAAGAAAUUUUUACUUUAUAUCAAGAAAUUAUUAUAUAUGAUUAUCAUGGGAUGGUGUGGAUGGUUUCCCCAAACCACACACGGAUAGGUUUUGUUUGGUAUGCUACUUUGCAUUCUCGCUAUUUUUGGAUUCAAGGAUGGAUAUAAUAUUAAACCUUGGUUCUGUGAUUCGACACACCCGAAUCCAUUGUCAUCCCUAAUUGAAAUAUAUAUGAUAAAGUACAUAAUUCAUAUUUCAGGGAUAAAAUAUUUUUUUUGAUGGUUUUUGUGGUUAAUUUGAUUUGAUUUAGAUGUAAAUCCAUUUCUUUGGCAAUGCCUUGUGUGACGCCUUAGGCAAAUCCCACAUUGACAAAGUACGAGAGAGAUCCAUGAUUCAUAAGUAACAAACUGAUAUGUACUGACAAGAUGCAUUUUAGGGUGGAAUAGAAGAUUUCUUGUAAGAACUGCGAAGUUAAACGUGCUCACUGUGGAGCACUGCAAGGAUGAGUGACCUAAUGACAAGUCACCCUGAUAUGUACCCCAAGGUAAAAACCGUGAGGGUCUAGACCCAAAGCAGAUAACAUUUUGGUCAUAGAAGGACGUGAUGUUACUAGUGGUAUUAUCGCCUCUCACACAUCCCUCUUGGACGAUGGUGGGGCAAACAUAGGGGUGGUAAAUGGUUAGUCGGUAAUUGGUUUCACCGAUAACCGAAUGGAUAAAGGAAGUUAGUGGUGAACUGAUAAUCAAUAAUUUCUUAUUAAUUCUAUUUUGGUUACUAGUAUUUUGGUUAGCGGUUAUUGGUUAACCGCUAAUCGACCAAUCGGUUAGUGGUUGGUUAAUCAAAAAGAAAACCGAUAACCGCCUAUAGUAUAACUACAUAUCUUUGGACUUUGGCUCAGUGGAAAAUUCCAAGACUCAAAACUAACCAAAGUCGCAAUUACAAACAUCUCCAUUCCUGCCUAUUGCAAACAACCCUCCACCAAGAGUCACAAAUGUGUUUAAGAGUUAGAACCCGAAAGUUAACACUCUCUAACUCCCCUUGCAGUCAUCAGAACGAAUCUCACACUCUAGUAACAUUUGUUUCUUUAAUGUUUGUGAAUGAUUAUGAUGAUCUUGUGGUGCUUGUGUUUGAUGUAUUGGUAGUAAGUAUUCGCUAAUUGGAUAAGUUUGAUUAUUUUUUAUUUUAUGCCCUGCAGUUUUGUUUUAAAUUACAGAAUCAAGAUAAUAUCGUAUUAUAUUGAUAUUAUUUCGUACAUUAUUAUUUUAUAUUAACAAUGAAAAUGUAAUUAAAUUAUUUGAAUUGUUUGUAUGAUUAUUCAUUUUUAAUAUUUACUACUCAGUGCUCUUCGUCAUUGUUAUGCUUGUGGACCAAAUUGAUGUUUAAAUGACACUUGUUAAACUUAACUGAAUGAUGAUUGUGUAUUAUAAGGGGUUAUUGCUUUGGUUUAUUAUAUUUUGUGAAAGAAAAUUGAAGUUAUUGAUCUUAUAUUGGUUCGAUUACAAAUUAUGAUACUUGUUGGAAUGUAUUUGAGCAGUUACUGGUUAACCUACAAAAUAACCGCUAACCAAACCAACAAAGGUGGUUAACCGAUAAGGCUUAUCGUUAUGAGUUGUUUUCUUAUUGGUUAACAGAUUACCGCCAAUAUCGGUAGGAGGUUAAUCGAACCCGAAUCGAUUAGCCGCAAACCACAACGAUGGCGUUAAGUCGGGGGGGGGGGGGGGGGGGGGGGGGGGGGGGGGGGGGUAUGUGACACCAUAUGGGAAAAUUCCACGUCGACAAAGUAUGAGAGAGAUAUACGAUUUAUAAGUAACAAACCGACAUUAACUGAUAAAAUGCAUUUUUGGGUGAAGUGAAAGAGUUCUAGUAAGUAUUCUGAAAUUAAACGUGCUCAAUAUAAAAUACUGCAAGGAUUGAUAACCUUAUGAAAAAUCACCUUAAUAUGUACUUAAAGAAAAAACCCGUAAAAGUCUAAAUCCAAAAUCAACAAUAUUUUGUUAAAAAAGUUACACUCUGUAAUCCAUCACCGGCUUACUUUGUAACUUGUGAAAAUGCCUUGUACGCAAGGUUGUCAAACCGCGGGUCGACCCGGACCCGGACGAACUAGUGGGUCAUGGGUCAUUGGGUCACCCGUUUUAGCCCGGAAAAAUGGAAAAUGUAAUUAUAUUAUACUUAUCCUGAAUCCAACAUAAAAAAUGCAACACUACUUCAACUCCAACACACUUAAAUAACAUCAACUUGAAUUCAACAUAGUAAAAAUUCAACAACACUUAAAUCAUUCACAUAACAUCAACUUAAAUCCAUCAUAGUUAAAAAUUUAAGGCGGAGGCGGAGGCCGAGCAGAGGCGGAGUCCGCAGAAACGGCGACGCAACGGCCAACGGGGCUCAGGAAGAGCAACCCGUUGACCCGCUCCAACGGGCUAACCGGCCGGGUCAACCCGAGUUUGACCGGGUUUCUCCGGGUUUGACCAUUUCCGGGCUGACAUGAAAAUGGGUUGGUAUGACCCAUUUUUUUGGCCGGGUCCGGGCUAAUCCGGGUCGACCCGCGGGUUAACAACCUUGCUUGUACGCAUACGAAACUUUCUAUAUUAAUCACUAUGUAUGCUUUUAAUUAUACUGAUCUCUCUUUGUUCCUGUAAGGCAUCAACACAGCAGAUUCCAACGGCUUUGGAGGCAAAGUAUAUAUCGUGCCUAAGAAUAAACGACCACAACCUUUGUGCAUAUAUACGUUAAUUCUAUAUUAAUUAAUAAUCUUUAUUCACAUAAAUUCUUGUAAUUAUAAAGUUUGCGGAAUCCAAAGGUUACGUCAGACUAGCGACAUUGUGGGCAUUCUGUAUUGGACGUGGUAUACCUUGGCCGAUCGAUGUUUCCGUAGCAAUGGUACGUCGCACCCUUAUGGUAUUACUGUUGCAACAUUUCACUCUCAUUUGGCUUUCAUUGAAGAGAUUAUAUUUGAUGCAUCGACGACACAUUAUUGUAUCUGGUUAUGUUAUGUCGACAAUACGGUUGGAGGUUAAGUCUUUCACUCUUGUGUGUUUGGUGGAUCAAUUUGCAGUUCAUGUAUUGUCGCAUAAUAUUGGAAGGAAGAAAGAAAAAAAAACAUUGGUCGACAAGUGUAUGAACUAAUGAUUUAAGGACUUUUUUUUUGCUACAAAAGAGGUAUCCAUGUUAUACCGAUAUACGGGGCGCGAAAAGAAAUGCAGCUUUGAAGUACCAAACCUAUGACAAAGUGCAAAAUUCCAUAACUCUAUCAAACCUGGACUAAUCUUGAUCGAAAGAAACCAUAGUACUGUCUUUGAAAAUAAAAUUACAUGACAAUACUAAUCAUACUCUAACACUCUUCUUGGAAACUAACAUAAACACAAAAAACAUAACUGCUAACCAAAAUAUGGUGACAGAUGAUUCAAUACAUAUAGACUAAUUUGGUGCCUAUCAUAAAUAGUAUUCUCCUUAUCAAGUAGAGAGUACUGUAACAAAAUUAGACCGCAAAUUUCUUAAUCCAAGGGUGGGAUUCAAGUUUUUAGCUUCCCAUUUCCUUAUUAUCUUAGUAGAUAUACUUGUAUUUUCAAGAAUCUGAACAAUGUUUUUGUUAUAAUUCACCUAAACAACAAUGGCCUGUUCUUGUUGUGGGAUGGGAUUAGGUGCUAACCCCUACGGAUUAUUAUAAAAUCAAUACAACAUCUAAGCUAAAUCACUACUAAUUCAAACUAGUAGUAGUUUUUCCCUUGGUUAGGACGGUGCUAACUAUUGUACAAUUAGCACCGUAGCCGUUCCCUCUUGUUGUUGAUUGUGCCAACAUUAAUUUUAUUGUUUUGUAUAAACUAAUUCAUUAUUUCACCCCCAUUCCGUUGCUAUUGUUUUUGAUUGUUCCAACACUAAUACUACACUACUAAAUUAAUGUGCCUUGUAGUAGCUGUUGCUGAUUAUUCCAACAUAAUUUAUUAUUUCGAUUAUAGUAUAUUGAGCAGUAAAGCUCAACCUGACCGGCUGGUUUGACCGGUUGAAUCGACAACUAACUAAGAAGAGAUAUAUGACGGUAAACAUCCAAUUUAAAAAAAUUUAAAUUUUUUGGCUAAUAAAUUAUAUUUACCUUGACCCAAGUAGACCCAUUGAUUAUGGGUAGGGUAUGGGUGAGGUAUAUAUGGGUUUGGAAGUUUGUUGAUGGGGUUGGGUAGUGUAUGGAUAUUUACUUUCAUAAUCUAAAUGUGUAUGAGUUGGGUAUGAAUACCCAUUUAUUCGAGGGUAUUUUAAUUACACACAAAAAUUAGACCUAUUUGUAGAACUUCAAAAGUUUAGGUAUCAAAAUGUAAUACACAAAAAUUUUAGGUGCUAAAAUGUAAUGUUUCAUCAAUAUUUUGAGGACUUAUAUGCCAAAAAAAUUAAUUUAGGUUGUAAAUCUAAAGAUCUAUCAAGUUUAGGUACCAAACUAUAAUUUGCGUAGUUGAGACUUAGUUUAUUUUAUGACUAUGUAUUUAAGAUGAUAAUUAUUUACCUUUUUAUAGAAAAUAGGAAACUAUUUAUUUGAUAUGUGUAGAUACCUAACUAAACAUUCCAUGUAUAAUAGUUGAAAAAUCUAGCCAAAGAAAAACUCUAGAGAGAAUCAAAAGGAAUACAAACUGGAACUCUCUUAAAAUUUCAAGGCUCCAAAUCUCAUAGUGGAAAAUGACGAAUUUCUAAUAAGUAAUAACCAUAUAUAUUUAUUUUUAAUUAGACUUGACAGUACAUUGAGCUGAAAAAGUUAGUGGUUCAUGGUUCAAUUAUUAAUUCUCUAGAUUGUUGGUGAGUCGUGUAUGGACCCGUUCAUACUUGUGAUUAGAAUACGUAAAUAUAGUAUACUAAUUAGGGUUAUGGAAGGCGAGUGAAAAAUGAAACGAAGAGUAAGUAGAUGAUGGAAAGGUUUUGACCAAUUAUUUUAGUUGGCCGUCAAUACAACAGUCAACCCAUUUCACCGUAGCAAUUCAUUGACACUUGCUUAUAUAGAUGUCGCAUAUUUUGUUACAUGUAGUUAGUAGAAGUUUGUUUAGUACCCCGUAAAUGUACUAAAUGAGUUUAUAAAUUCGCUCUUGCAAUAUUUUAGAGUCGUCUCUCUUUUAUCAUUUAUUUAAUGUUUCACGUAAUGAGCAAUGUCCGACAGUUGAGUGAUACAACAUCUUGUAUUGUACAAACUAAAUUUAUACUUUUAUGUUAUGGUGGAUUGGAUUCGUAGAUUGGUUCAAAAGGAUUGGUGGAUCCGGAUUCAUGUAUUCAAGUUACAUCUAAAAAUUGGACCAAUAUGUAAACUUAAAAAAAUUGUAGGUACUCAAAUCUCAUAAAACUUAGAUAAAUCAAAACAUUGGACCAAUAUGUAAACUUAAAAAAUUGUAGGUACUCAAAUCUCAUAAAAUUUAGAUAACAAAACAUAAUUGUUCAAUAAUUUUACACUAAAAUUAAAUUUGGGUAUUAAAAUAUAAAAUAUAUAUUAUAGUGAUUAAGUUAUAAUUUAAUAAAAUUUGAGGUAUCAAAAUACUAUAUUUUUAGGCAACAGUAACUAACCUUCAACUUUAUAUAUAAUAAUUUUCAAGAAUCUGAACAAUGUUUUUGUUAUAAUUCACCUAAACAACAAUGGCCUGUUCUUGUUGUUGAUUGUGCCAACAUUAAUUUUAUCGUUUUGUAUAAACUAAUUCAUUAUUUUCCCCCCAUUGCGUUGCUAUUGUUGUUGAUUGUUCCAACACUAAUACUACACUACUAUAUAUAUUGAUGUGCCUUGUAGUAGCUGUUCUGAUUAUUCCAACAUAAUUUUAUUAUUUCGAUUAUAGUAGAUUUAGCAGUAAAGCUUAACCUGAUCGGCUGGUUUGACCAGUUGAAUCGACAACUGACCAAUUAUUCGGUCCGAGUGGCAGUUGUAACUACUAAUUAAGAACGCGGUCGGCUAACAACUAAGCAUCUGAGUGAUUUACCACCGUUGAAGAUGUUUGGACGAUUUUUACCAAUUCGACCUCUUUUCAAAUGCUUGUGAUAUUUAAAAUAUGUGAGGUGGAGAUUUGAACACAGAACAUGUUCUAUACAUGUAUGAAUUGAUUACCUACUAUUCUACAAGUUCGUUAUUAAACAUAUUAUGAAUUUUUUAAAAUAUAAAAUAAUUAGCUAUGUAUUAAGUCAUUAAAAAUUAAAUUCACAUAUGAUAACAGUAUUUGUUUGCUUAAAUUUUUAAUAAUAGUUUAGGUCAUUUCAUAUUUUCACGAUUACAUUAUCGUGUUUAUCAUGUUAUUAUUGUAUGUUCUACUUAUAUUUCUCUUAUUAUAUGGUAUAUGUUUAUUAACAGUUUGAUACUCGUUAGCCAGUAAAAUGCGAACCACUUAUUCUAUUGGUUCAAACUCCUAUUUGGUUAUGACAUCAUUGAGAUUAGCCUUCUUGAUGUGAGUCCUCAUAGCAAAGUUCCACGGGCGGCAUGAUCAAAAUUCCCCGACCGGAGUAUCAAGUAAUGUGACCGGAGAAUGAGGUCGGAAUCACCCCCGGCCGGUGCAUCUAAAUUUCCGACUGGGGAUUGUGACCGGGUUUCGGGGCUUGACGAGUUAAACUUUCUCUUUUGUUUAGGAUUCAUUUUCCUUUUCUAUAUUUUCAUUAGUUUUAUUUUCCACACCUAUUUAGAUGGUUGUAAACACUAAUUUAGAGGUUAGACUUUGUUGAAUAAAAAUUAUACACAGAGGUGUGUUUUUUCCAUAGAGCUGUCGUGCUUAAGGUGCAUUGGUUUAGCUAUUGGUGGAUUCCAUAGCUAGGGAAAGAUCCUUGUUUGAGUUUUUCUGUUGAAGAAUCCAUAAGAGUUUGACAAGACUCUUAUCAAUCAAGCCAUCGCACUUGAUUGUGGUGAGUAUCUAUCCCCACGUAUCCCUUUACUUUUAUGUUUGUUUGAAGGUCGAUUCGAGCUAUCCAAACUUGAGUUGUUGCUGCGCGACUUUGACAAAAAAUACUUGAGCUUUCAUGAGCUCGGGGAUCUUAUCAGGUGGUAUCAGAGUUCCAGUUCAAAUCAGUGGCAAGAAGAAGAAGAUCUAGCAGUGGCGUAAGCGAUAGAGCAAGGUAAUCCGUUCUAUACUCGUUGUUUAGUUCAAGAGAAGGUGUAUUAUGUGCUUGUAGAUGGAGGUAUCAAAUCAAAUUUGUUAAGUUCAAUAACAACGAUGAAAUUGGGGCUACCAAUGCGUCGACAUCCAUCUCCAUACAUUCUACAGUUUCCUGGCGAGAAGAUAUCAAACAUCGUGGUUGGAUAGGUUUCUAAGAAGUUUGCGAUUGGCAUAUAUGAAGACGAGGUAUUAUGCGAUGUGGUGCCCAAACUUACAAAUCAAAUUGUGUUGGGACAAACCUGGUUUCAAGAUCGUGGAGUUCAUCUGGUCAACAGAAGUUCCAAAAGCAUCCGAUUGAAGCAUCAGUAGAAGGACUUCAUUUUUAAUCCUUUAUCCCCAGAGCAAGCUGAUGAUGAUUGGAAGGCUUUGAAACGAUUACAGUGAGAGUACUACGAGGAAGAACAAGAAUACACAAAAUCACUUGCAACACUGAUGGCAUAUAUUGGAGCUAGAGGUGGCGAUUAGGAUCCAAAUCCAUGAAUUCAAUCUAAUCCAUCCACCAAAUUAUCCACCUAAUCCAAUCCAUUUAAAUCCAAUCCAUUUGAUCCAAAUCCAAUUGGAUUGGUGGAUUCAUGGAACCCAUGGAUCCAAAUGACAAAUUACGAUUUGGUACCUAUAUUUUUAUAUUUUACAUUUUGGUACCUAAAUUUUUUAUUUUAUACGAAAAAUAUCAUUGGAAAAUUACAUUUUGGUACCUAAAAUUUUUCAUUAUGACAUUUUAGUACCUAAACUUUUCAAAAUUUACAUUUUGAUCCAAGCCUUGGAUGUCAUUUGGAUUCAUGGAUCAAUCCACCAAUCCAUUUGAUCCAAUCCAUUCGAUCUAUGGAUCCACCAAUUCAAUCCACGAAUCCACGAAUCCGAUCCAAUUGCCACCUCUAAUUGGAGCUUUACUGCAAAUCAUGGCUGAUCAGAGAUAGAGUUUGAGUUCUCGCGUGCAACAGGGUUCGACAUUUGAUGAAGUCAACGUUGAGCUAGAGUACGAGAAAAGGGAUUGCUACAACUUUUGGCGCGUUCCUUGAAGAAAACAGAGUGGUUUCUCCAACACCAUAGUUGCAAAAGGAGGAUGGAGGUUUCAAUGAGGUGGUCACGUUGGAAAAAGGAGCAUAUGGUUUAUCGCGAUCCUUUUUAUGAUGAUUUUUCUUGCAGAAUUCCACAAGUUUUGAGGAUUGUCGCUACAAAACAAGGAACGAAGACUGCAGAGUAUGCAGACUGGGUUCGAGGCUUUUCGGGAGAGGAGCAGGGAUGUAACUUUCAUCUUUCUGUGGAUGAUUUUCUUCUUUGUCGGUCCAAGUAUAGGAAGAAGAGAGAAGAAUACGGUGAACCUUACUGGAGGACUUUAGAGAAUUUCGCUUGGAAGUCGGCUUGGAAAGAUUUAAGGGAAAACUUCCUCAAUAGGGAGGGACUGAUGUUAGUCUACACAAUAGAGAUCCUCGGCUGAGGAAUGAAGUCAAAAGCACCCUCGACUGGUGCAGCUAAAUCCCCGAACGGGUUUUUGGGCUUGACGAGUUAAACUUCAUUUUUUGUUUCAGAUUCGUUUUUCUUUUCUAUAUUUUCAUUAGUUUUAUUUUUCCAUACCUAUUUAAAGAGUUUUGAAUACGAAUUUGGAGAUUAGUUUUUACAACGAGAUGUGUUUUUACCAUGGAGCCGUCGUGCUUAUGAUUUAUUGGUUUAACUAUUGGUGGAUUCCAUAGCUAGGGCAAGAUCCUUGUUUGAUUUUUUCUGAUGAAGAAUUCAGAAGAGCUUGGCAAGGCUCUUAUCAUUCAGGUGAUCACACUUGAUUGUGGCUAGUAUCUAUCCCCACGUAUCCCUUUACUUUUAUGUUUGUUUGAAGGUCGAUUCGAGCUAUCAAAGACUGAGUUGUUGCUGCGCGACUUUGACAAAAGAACCUAAACUUUCACGAGCUCGGGAUUUUAUCACUUCUAUGCCGAAGAGGUUAAGGAAAAUGAGAAGGGGGGGGGGGGGAAUUCCGUAGUAAGGAAAAUUUGAAGGGAAAAAAUUGUAGGAAAAUGUAUUUUUAUUGGGAAAAUAUGUGAAAAAGUGGAGAGAAAAGGCAAAUUGAAAAGUGUGUAUAUAUAUAUGUUAGGACUUUGCUACGGUGACAUGCAUGUCAUCGUAACAUGGACUUUUCGGUCGACCGAAUGUGCUGCUUCAGUUAUGUGAGGUUCAGCGACGCGGUCGACCAUCUAUAUAAAAUGGUCGACCUCUUUGGAGGUCGAACAAAAUGAAAGGUCGACCCAAAUACCUCAUAGGCCGACCCUUUUGCACUUAAUAGGUCGACCGCAUGCACACCGUAUCCGUAUUGGAUAAGACUCCAACACUAGAAAGGUAACCCUAACUUAUCUACCACUUAAUUCGACUCACUCACGUUCUGAAUUACGAUCGACCAUGUUGCUUCUGACGCCAACAAAAAGGGCGACCGAGGUUUUAUUGUGGUCGACCAAAAAUAACAACUUAAACUGCAAACGGUCGACCAUAUGAUCUUUGAGGUCAACCGCGAUGAGUUCUCAGGGUGCCCAAAUUAGUCAAUUCGAUCGACCGUUGUUACGAUUAGGUCAACCGAAAUGUCCAUGUCACGGUGACAUGCACGUCACCAUAGGCACACCCUAUAUGUUAUUGUUUGUAAUAGUAAAAUAAUUUAAUUAUUUUAGUUCUUUAAUCGUAGGUGAAUUGAGUAAUAUUGAUAAAAUGGGUGAUAUAAAAUUGCGAUUCAGCCUUGGUAGGGUGUGUUUGCUUAAAUCGUGAUUUGACUGUGCUUUUAACCAUUUCAUACCAGUAAAAUUCUUUAGGGAUUUGAGCUCUCAUAGUUGAUCUUUCCACUUAGACCAUCGAUAUGGUCCUGUUUAACAAACACUUAAAAAGAUUAGAAGUUAUUUAUAUACUUCAUCCUGCACGGCCAGGUUUGCGAGUGGGAGCUCCUUUAAUUCAUGGAUUACGAAACCGUACCGGACAUCAAACCGGAAUCGUAUUUGGCAUGGUAAAUCGUGGUACAACCAUGGUUCAACCGUUUCCUACCGGUAAAUACCGUUUUUGAAAUAAAAAAAUUAUUUUUUUGUUAAAAAACCGUACCAUACCGGGAAAAUACCGGAAUAAAACCGGAUUAUACCGCCUCCCAACUUAGGUAACCAGAGCGUGAAGCGAGAGCGGGAGCGGGAGCAAGAGGGAGAGCGUCAGAGCGCCAAUCUAUUAAGAAUUCAAAUUUGAGAGCGUGAACAAAACGUCAAUAUUUUAUUAUUCUUAAUUAUUAUUAUAUAAAUAUAAUUUAAGGAAAUACUAUUUUGGUAUUUUACUAUUUUCUAAAUCCUCAAUUCCUUACCCAUCUUUGACAAAAAAAAAGGGUAAAUACAAUUUAAUAUCCAAACAUUUUAUUUUAAACAAUAUAAUAGCCAAACCUUUUCGAAAACAAUCUAAUAUCCAAAUCGUCAACUUUCUGUCUGUUUGGCCAUUAGUUGACACUUCAAAAAAGUUUGAAGUACGACACUUCAUCAAUAUCCAUCGAUAUCUUCUCCGAAAAACACCCAACAUAUCGUAGUUCCAAACCCGAGAAGUCCAUGACUCCACCAUGAUGGUAUAGAAUAUCUAAAUAUUCAGUCAUCUGCAAUGCUAAAACAAGAAACAAAGUUGUAUUGUGACAAUUUCACCUAAACAAAGCUUUUUUGAAGUGUAAACUAACGGUCAAACGAACGUAAAAUUGACUAUUUGGAUAUUAGAUUGUUUUCGAAAAGGUUUGGUUAUUAUAUUGUUUAAAAUGAAAGGUUUGGAUAUUAAAUUGUAUUUACCAAAAAAAAAUCACCAUUACUUAUGCGUUUCUUUCUUCUCUAGUCUGUGACAGCUGUCUACCUUCCAUUCUAUUCCAAUCGAGUUUUUUUUUUUUUUUUUACUUUCCCUUCGUCACUUUUCCUUUAUGUUUCACUCUCCUUUGCACUUCGUAUUCCUUCCCCACCAACUAUUCCAGAGCUUUCUUCAAUGGUGGAUUUGCCCAACUCAACAAAAAUCACCCUCUCUUCAUUAAUUAAGCUGAGAAUCCAGCAUCCCUGCUCGCCUCCUCCGUCCUCACGGUUCCAAUUUCAAUUUAUGGCGUCGCUCAACGAUAUGAUUUUGGCGGAGAUGGAAGGGAAUAAUGGCAGGAGGCGGAGAAGGGAUUGCAUUUGAUUUGAGAUGGCAACACAGCCGCCAACGGGGACGAAAUUCAAAGCGUCGAUGAACCACUGGCCGACUUGCUGGUAGCGCCACCGCGGCAGAGGCGGUCUUCCUCGACCAUCGUGUGCACGAGAUCAUCAUCGUUUGUGACGGAGAUUAUGGCGUCGAGAUCUUCUUCAUCUUCUCACCUCCUCUCCUCUGUGAUUUCUCCAUAGGCCUGUCUAUGGGAACGACCAGCGAGGCUUCAAGAAGAAUCGGCUGACGGUCAACGGUCGGAAAAGACGAAUGACGAACAACAGGGGAGAAGGAAUUGAAGACCCGCCGGCUGAAUCGAAACCGGCCGGUAUUUCGCGAAAGGUCGGUUCAAUGGAAAAUACCGGCUGGCACUCUUAUUUCUCGGAAUAUCAGCUACCGUAUCGGGACUUGCCCGGUUUCCGGUUUUCCCGGUUCUACCGGCUGGUGCGGCACUGUAAAGCAGUCCUUGCUUUAAUUACGUUGGCAAUGAGAUGGUUUCAGAUUUGAUCGAUCCGGAAGCAGGAGAUUGGUGCUCUGAAUGCUUAGAGUCGGGGAUGGGAUUAGGUGCUAUAGGGGUUAGCACCGUGAUAACUAGCAAAAAACGCUACUAAAAAUAACGAAAUCACUACGGAUUAUUAUAAAAUCAAUACAACUUCUAAGCUAAAUCACUACUAAUUCAAACUAGUAGUAGUUUUUCCCUUGGUUAGGACGGUGCUAACUAUUGUACAAUUAGCACCGUAACCGCUCCCUUAGAGUCAGCGUUUGAUUCGAAAAAAAUGCACAAAACGCUACCAAAUGCGUAACAUAGUAAUAAAGUAGUACUCAAACACAUUUUGAGCAUUCACAUAGCAAAUCUAGUGUAUUUGAGGAUAAAGAUGGAAAAUCAAUACACUUUUUAUGGGUUAAAUGCAUGGCUGGUCACUGAGAUUACAAAAUUCGUUCAAGUUUGGUCACUCGAAAUAUUUAAAACCAUUGGUGGUACUUCAACUAAUUGAAACUGUUCACGUUUGGUCACUCUCCGUCCAACUCCGUUAACUUUUGCUUACGUGGAGGUCAACUAUAAAAGUUGACCGUUAAAUUUGUGAUGUGGCAAUUUAAAAAUAAUAAAAUUAAAAUUUUCAA